AUGAGUUGGGAACAAUGGUGGCCUCAUGAUCCAGUUGUAAAAUCAGACUCACUUGAUCCUUAUCUUGUUAAAGUAGAAAAAAAUAAGGUUUAUUGGUAUUGCGCGUGCGGAUCGAGUAAAACUCAACCAUGGUGUGAUGGAGCACAUAGGGGAAUAGGAAUUAAGCCUUUGAUGUAUAUACCACAAACAAGCGGUUAUAGACUUUUGAGUGGCUGCAGACAAAGUACACAUUUGCCGCAUUAUGAUUUUUCCGAUUUAUGGGUUCGAGCAAAUAAGAAUGUCCCAAAGGCUGCCCUAUUUACAUAUGUUGCAUGCUUUUCAUUUGGUAUUAUGACAACAUGGUUAUUUCAUCCAUAA